AGUCUGUUGCAGCAAAACACAUUUCUUGAUUAUGGCAUGAGCUUUUGUGGAUUUCAUUGGAAGCAGAACAAGUAUCAUCUGAAGAGGAACAUAUGCACAGUCUGCAUGAACAAGCAUGGAAUCAGAGCAAAAAAUGAAGCAAUUGCCUUGGGCAACAGAUGCCGGAAAGUUGGAAGAAGCUGUGGGAACCCUCUCACCAUCUGCCUUGUUGAGGGCUGCAGCCUUCCUGCAGAGUAAAGGGAGAGAGAACACAGUGAACGUGCCAAUAGAAUUUGCUGAGCUGAAGCCAGGAAGGUUCCCUGAUCAUCCAGCAUCAUUCAUGUGGAACAAUGCUUGGGCAAGGAGUUUAAUAUGGAUGUAGAGUUCCAAGACUACACUAACAGGACAGUAACAUCAGAGAACAGUUCGGCUCCUUCUGUGGGUUCCAAUUUUCCUACCUGGGAAGACUACAGGAACAGCGUGGAUGACAUACAGUAUUUUCUCAUAGGCCUUUAUACUUUGAUCAGCCUUGCUGGUUUUCUGGGAAACCUCCUUAUUCUUGUGGCUUUGGGGAAGUGCAAGCAAAAAACAAUAAUAAACUUUCUCAUUGGGAACUUAGCAUUUUCAGAUACUUUAGUGGUAGUCUUCUGCUCUCCCUUCACCUUGACAUCUGUUCUACUUGAUCAGUGGGUAUUUGGCAGAGUCAUGUGCCAUGUGAUGCCUUUCCUUCAGUGUGUUUCUGUCUUGGUUUCCACAUGGAUGUUGAUUUCUAUUGCGGUGGUCAGGUACCGCUUGAUACGCCACCCUCUUUCGAGCGACUUGACUUUGAAACAUGGUUGUUACCUCAUUUUAGUCAUCUGGGCUCUUGGUUUGGCCAUUUGUUCCCCUCUGCCUGUUUUCCACAAGAUUGUCAAUCUCCAAGAUGCCCUUAAUCUGGAAGCACUCAAAAGCAAGCACUUGUGUGUCGAGGCAUGGCCCUCUGCUUGGUACCGGAUUGCUUUCACUAUUUCCUUAUUAGUCAUGCAGUACGUCUUGCCUUUGGUUUGUUUAACCAUAAGUCAUACCAGAGUUUGUAGAUCUGUUAAUUCCCGGUUGCUAGGUAAGGAAAACAAGUUGGAAGAGAACGAGAUGAUAAAUUUAACCCUUCAUGUCCCCAAGCACCAUGGGCCUCAAGGAGAGCUCUCUAGCUCUGAAAGGUGGAGUUAUACAUUUGUUGGGAAGCACCGAAAGAGGUACAGUAAAAAGACAGCUAGUGUGAUGCCAGCAAUUUUAAUGCACCGCCGGGAUCUUAACUCUGGAGGCCUCCCUGAAACAUCAGGUACUGAAAAAAGCCAGCUUUCUUCAUCCAGCAGAUUUAUACCAGGAAUACCUGUUUGUUUUGAAGCAAAACCAGAAAAUUCAGAAUUGCAAGUUGGGAUGACACUACCCCGACCCACUAGUCAGAUUAAGAAAAGAUCUCGCAAGGUUUUCUGGCGACUGACAGUACUGAUCAUUGUUUUUGCGGUCAGUUGGAUGCCCCUUCAUGUUUUCCAUGUUGUAACUGAUUUCAAUGGCAACCUAAUUUCAAACAAGCAUUUUAAAUUGAUCUACUGUAUUUGUCAUUUGUUGGGCAUGAUGUCUUGCUGUUUAAACCCAAUUUUGUAUGGGUUUCUGAACAACGGCAUAAAAGCUGAUUUGUUGUCCCUUGUUUCAUGCUUACAAAUAUCAUGAUCACCUAGAAAUUUACAGUAAAAUGUGAAACAAAGUGUUAUAACCACAAGGUUCACUGAACCAUGGGGUAUUUAACCAGUUUGUGAAAAAAAGGUGGUGGCAAGUAGUGGCUCAGAACUUAUUGUGAGAAUGGUUAACUCACUGAUUUGAUGAUGUUUGGAUUAUUGCCCCACAUAGGCAGACAUGUCAGAUAAUGAAGCAGUCACUACAAGGCCAUCUUGAUCUUCCAACUAUUACUAUCUUUAAGUUGGAUACUCAGGCCAUGGUUUGAGACAGGAGUCUUCUAUUUGAGGUUCUGAAGAUUUGUCGUAGUUGCUGCUGAUGUUGUUGUCCUUUGCCUUCAAGUUGACUCUGAUUUAUGGCAGCCCUUCAUAAGGUGUCCAUCAUAAGAUUUUACUUAUUUAUUUAUUGUGUCAGAAGCGAAUUGAGGGUACAGUUAUAAUGUAUUUAAAAACACACACAAAGUUAAGAACUUGGCAUUAUACUAAAUGUCCUUUGACCAAAAGCUUGCCACUUGGAGUGCCUCUGGUGUCGCUGUAAAAAGGUCCUCCAUUGUGCAUGUGGCAGGGCUCGCGCUGCAUUGUAGUCAGUGGUCUGUGGUUUGCUCUUCUCCACACUCGCAUGUUGUGAACUCCACUUUGUAGCCCCAUUUCUUAAGAUUGGCUCUGCAGCUCGUGGUACCAGAGCUCAGUCUGUUCAGUGCCUUCCAAGUCACCUAGUUUUCUGUGUGCAAAGGGGAGUCUCUCAUCUGGUAUCAGUGACUGAUUGAGGUUGGGAUGACAAUACCCCGACCCACUAGUCAGAUUAAGAAAAGAUCUUGCAAGGUUUUCUGGCGACUGACAGUACUGAUCAUGGUUUUAGUUUGCCACUUUGGGACUUUUGCUUGUUGAGAUGUUCCUGCAAGUAUCUCUGUAGAUCUUAGAAAGCUAUUUCUUGAUUUAAGGCAUUGGCAUGCUGGCUUGUAUCUGAACAAAGGAUGGGUCGGGGAUGUCGUUACUUUGGUCCUUUCAUUAUUGGCUGCUACUUCCCGCUGGAUGUCAGGUGGUGCAAUACUGGCUAAACAGUUCUCUAGUCGUGUGGAGUGUAGACAUCCUGUGAUAAUGCGACAUGUCUCAUUGAGCCAUGCCCACUUUUUUAA